AUGGCUUCCUUUUUAUCUACAUCUGCUACGAGAAGUUCAAGACAAAAGGAUAAAAUUUAUUUAAUUGGUUUUGUGACCCACCAAAUUACUGGUGGCAAAUUACCAUCAAAUCGUCAAGUGUUACGUAGUUUGUUUUAUAACAUCCGUGAAGUAAAGCUGAAUAUAAAAGGUGCGGCUAGGUUAACGAUAAAAAAAGUUUUUAUUUUCUGGGAGAAAGCAAGGAUACAAACAAAACAUUUGAAAGACUCUGUUGCUAAGCUAGAAAAACUUCAUGAAGAAUGGAGAAAACUACAAAAAAAUUCUAACAGAACUGGACCAGCUCAGACAGAGAAAGAAAAACUUUUUAAGGCCAUACUUGAUGACCUAUUUGACAUAGCUCAUCAAGAUGCACUCCAGACUGCAACAGAGGAAGACAAAUUGUUUUUGCUUAAGCAGAGAGAAAAGGGGUGCCCAGGUGUCAUGGGAGGAGUUGAUUUAAAGUGUGUAAAAGCUGAAGAGCGUUGGCAAAAAAGAAAUGCUUCGGAAAUGACGAGGUUAACAAAAUUUAGGACAAGUUCAGAAUUAGAAGAGCUUAAAUCGUUAGGCAGCAGCACGUCAGAUGAAGAUGAAAUUGAAGAUAAUGAUCAACGCACAGAGAAGGUAGAUAUGGUGACACUAAAUUAUGGGCCUGAAAAAAAGAUGAAAAAAUACACUAGAGGUACUGAAGAAAUUGUUAAUGAAAAGUUAUUUCUAAUAUUGGAUAGGUGUGCUAUUUCAGAUAGAGACGCAGCUAGAAUAAUAUCAGCUACAAUUGAAUCUCUUAGCCAUGAUUCUCAGCAAUAUAUUGUAAAAUUAGAAGGAGCAGUUGUACAUUGGGGUGGGAAAUUACUUCCAGAUAUGUUAAAUAAAGAAAAUGUUGAAAGAGUUGCAGUCUUAAUUAGCUGUGGAGAAGAAGAACAGUUAAUUGGAGUUCCCCUAUUAGAAAAUGGUGCUGGCAGUACAAUUGCAAAAUCUGUUUAUUCAGAACUUGGAAAGUGGGGUGCACUAGACAAGAUUCAAGCAAUGUCCUUUGACACAACUGCCGUGAAUACUGGCCGCAUUAAAGGCGCUUGCGUUUUAUUAGAGCAAUUGAUGGAGAAAAAAUUAUUGUAUCUUCCAUGUCGCCACCAAAUUUUGGAGGUAGUGUUGAGAUCAGUUUUUGAUGCUGCAUUGGGAAAGACUACAGGCCCUCAAUCGGAUAUUUUCAAAAAAUUUAAAACUGAAUGGAACAGCAUUGAUAAAAAAAAAUUUAAAUCAGGAGUUAAAGAUAAAAGUGUAGCCAGCAAAUUGAUUAAUCCGGAUCAAAUUUCAAAAUUAUGGAGUAAUAACGAAAAAUAUUUGAAGAGUAAAAAGAUUGUGGACGGAUUAAAAGUUACAAAUGAUACAGCAAAGAGGGGUGUUAAAUUAAUAACAGAUUACAACUCAUGUAUUACAAAAGAUGAAGAACAAAAACAAUAUCUUUUGCAGUUAAUUGCUGAAUGUCGGACAAAAUUUCCUGGUUUCUCAAAAGCCUCCUUAUCCGAGCCUCUACCUUUUGAACAAACAAUGAGUUAA